CGACUUCAUCAUCCGCUCAUGAUUCUCUAUCCGCUGUUAGAUAUAGCAGAAGAGUUAAUGGUUUCCCCUUGAACGAGCUCCGGGGUGCAAGACCAGAGCUUAAGCUCAACGCCGGUCAGUCCAACUUUGCUGCUUCGCGCAUUUGUUCUGUGCACAUCUAUCAGCCAGCUCUCGCCCAAACUCGGACUCUCGUUGAGAGUGGAGCCGCAACGUCUAUCUCUUCAUGCCAUCGUGGCUAACGACCACAUGUCAGGCCCUUCUGCAGUUGCAGAGACCUCCGCGGAGCCGUCUACGUCCUCGUCCGUACCAGAGCCGGUACCAUCCAUUGCUCCUCGAGGUCUGACAGCUUCCGAUCUACUAGCGCACGAGGCCGAGCUGGAAAGGCAGGCCCGGGAAGCUGUUCCUUUCUCAUUCAGGUUGGGAGGGUGCACCUAUGAAAAGGGGUACAUUCGACAACCUGUCUGGGCCUGUAGAACCUGUGGAGGCGGCGGAGUGUGCGCCGGCUGCGGUGUGGGGUGCCAUAGCGAUCAUGACCUGGUAGAACUGUUCGCCAAGCGCAAUUUUAGAUGCGACUGCGGUACACUUUCCCUCGAUCAAUCCAAGCUCAAGCACUCUCACGCCCAUGCGCACACGGGAGGUACUACCGUCAUGCCCACAGCGUGCAAUCUCCGACCAUCUCAUCUGGCGGUAAGGAUAGAGAACGACGAGAAUCAAUAUGGCCGGAACUUUGAGGGCAAGUUCUGUAGAUGUCAAAGGGGAGAAAAGUACGAUCCGCUGGAAGAGGACGAGACGAUGUUCCAGUGCCUUGUGUGCGAGGACUGGUUUCACGAGUCCUGCACUAGUCUCCUGGGCAACUACAAACCGCCAGGUUCGUCCGCAGCAGCAGAGGCAGCGCUUCGACCACAGGACAGCGGCUCAAUGAGCAGAGCAGCAGAGACGCAGGCUCAUCCAACUCCCGUACCUGGCGCAGUCCUGACUGCAAAAGUGACGGAAGCGGCGCAGACCGUAGAUCAAGCAUCGGGCGCGAAUGUCGACACCUGGCCACUCAUAGCACACGAAUCCUUCGACUUGAUGAUCUGUUCAGCAUGCGUCAGGGCGAAAGGCAACGAAGUGCUGCGCCACUACGUAGGAACCAAGGGCUGGGGUGCUGUCAUCCCGCUGCAAACUAUGAUUACAGGUCAAUCAAAGGAAACGGACAUGCUGAAUGUGCUGCCCCACGAUGCUCCCCAGCUCGAUAUUCUCGGAGGUACAAAACGAGGCUGCGCGGUGUGGGGUCUUGAGCUCAACGAAGAGGCUGUGGAGACGCAGACCGCUUCUGAAGAAGCUGUCAUGGGCGCUGAGGAUGCAGCUGCAAAUGCGGUGACCGACACGGAGCAGACAGCGCACGUGAAUUCGAGCACCCAAGUGUCCGAAGAGCGUGACCAGAAAUCUGGCUCGACUACGGCAGACAGCUCCCGGAAGAGGUCCAGUUCUGCAGACUCGUCCGAACAAGGCGCAUCCAGCGGAACUCGUCCAGACGAUGCCAGCAACAAGCGGCCAAAGAUGGAGAGCACAAUCGCGGAAGCCGACCGAAUGCGCGCGAACGACGCUCCAACGCUUGCCGACAAACCGACGCGGCCGUGUACUUUGCCACCACUUCGAUCAUGGGCUUCCGAGCGGACAGACCAAUUGAAGGAUGUUCGACUGGACGUGUUCCUCGCGGAGGACUUCCGGGACAACAUUUGCCGCUGCGCUGAGUGCCUACCACGAUUUUCACAACUCCCAUUCUUGCUCGAGGCCGAGUCCACCUACUCACCCCCUCGAUCGCCAUCGCCCCAACCAGCAGAUGGUGGAGAUAAUGACGACGCUCGGUCGGAGGGUGGCAACUCUCAAGCCUCUUCCUCUUACGAUCUCGGCCUUGCAGCUCUGCGACAGUUGCCUAGGGAAAGGAUGAUGCAGACUCUGGAAGCCUAUACGAGGCUCAGGGACGCGCUGUUUGAGCAGGUGCUCAGACCUCAUCAGCUUGCUGGAACGGAAGUGGACGAGAAGAGCAUCAGAGACUUCUUCGACAAGCACAGGGAGGGAGGCGGGACUUGAUUCCUUGCACUAACGGUCGCACUCCCUGCAUGUCCAAUGUGGGCCCAGAGCGUGCUUCGCUGGGCCUUCGCUUGCCCGGCUACUAGCGCUCUUCAUUCAAGCUCAUCACGGGUGUUUCCAUCGACGCUCAAUGUCAUCAAUCAUAAGAAUGCCAUUGUGGAUGCGCCUGGAAGGCGAUGCAUCGUCUAUUGGGAGUCGUCAGAUGUACGUGCGGGAAGACCGAGAAAGGUGCGCAGUGCAAGAUGUACACAAGAGGCGGAUGCGCUUUUGAUGCGGUGCAACCGGUAGAGGAGCCGCAAUCUAUCAGAUGACGAAAAGGCGCGAUGGCUACGGGUGAUAUAGACGAGCCGGUGGAUUCAGUGGUCU